UUGCAGGGAGAUGAGACUGUAACAAGAUCCCGUUCCCAGACCCCAAUGAGUCGGAAAAGAAAGAGAGCGGCUAGCAGUGGAGCGCGCAGCUUAUCGCGGCCACCUCGUGACCAGUCAGGAAUCGGAUCCCCAGAGGUAAAAAACAAAACAACAGCGGUAGAAUACAUAAGCACUGUGAAAUGCCCUUCUUUUUAAUGCAUGCACGCACAUUUACAUGGUGUGAGUCAGCCAGGAUCGAGCCCAGCUUGUGUAGUCUGCAAAGACGUCUUUGUUUCCAUAAAAGUGUGAUCAGCUUUGAGGCUUUUAAUCAAAGACUUAAAACACCAACAACGUGCCUAUUUUAUGCAGUUUUAUUGGUCAUUACCCAAAUAAUGAAAAGUUUUCCUUAACAGACUCCAAAGUUUAAUCUUAGAACCACCGUAUAAGGAUUUCCUACACAGACUCAAAAGUUCAAAUUAGCCUGUACAUCAUAAACAGGUAAACAGUAUCAAAGAAAGUAUCCCAGUGACUUAGGAAUUUACUCAAACUCAUUAUUGUCCAUGUAAUUGGUUAAAUGGCGAAAGCCGCAGCGAUCUUGUGCAGCUGAGAAAGGUAUUAGAGACCGUUAGAUUCGAGGACGAAAGCGACUACUAGUACGAGAUUUGAUUUUUUUGCGUGUUACUUAAAAAAAUAGACAUCCCUGAAAACUUCAUUCUAUUCUAUUUUUUCACCAGAAACAUUAGCACUGUUAUCAUUAUUGAAAGAGGUUAAGGUGGCUCGAUACAGUUUUUCAAGGCCAAUACCUCCCAAGUUUGAGCAUAAACUACGUCGCCAUAAACAAAGUUUUGGAAAAAUUGCCAGUUGUAUUAGAUAAAGCUGAAAAUCUUUUAUGAUCAGGUUUGCAAUGACAUCGGAGUUGUCAUAGCAACGAAAUGACGCUAUUACCUAUUUCACUUACAGAAGUAUUUCUUGGCACUGGGAACUGUUCUUCCAAAAUCACUCACGGGAGCUUUUUCCUCCAAUAGUGGCCUCGAUGUUCGUGAAGUUUAAGCGAAAUCUGUAAGAGCGUUAUCAAGAUAUUUUGGGAUAAAGAUUUUAUGGUUAGAAAUACGGUAAAAAAUGGAUAAUCUUGAUGUUCGGCUGUUAUCUGUAGAAAAUGAAGCGCUUUUUACAUGCAAUUUCACCUCAUAGUGGUUUCAAUCUUAUUAAAAACGUGUGUGAAACACCGUGGAGAUAUCUCCAGCCGAUUGUUAGAAAGAAGGAUUUGAUUGGUAUGUUUCGAGGCGCUUUUGUCAGCGGUUUUUGAACAUUUUGGUCUACUUUAACAAAUUAGCGAAUAAUUUUUUAACCGCUCGAUAGAUUUUUUAAAAAAAUUAAUAUUCUUGAGAUAAACCUUCCUUUUAUAUGCCCCUUUAGUUUCAAGAUAAUUGAUAGAUUGUAAGGCAGUAAAAUAAGGGCUAAAAUUCGCCAAUAUUUUGGCAGAAAUUUUGUGUUUACAAAUGUGAGCCUCUCAUUAUUCAGGGUAUUGUCUCCAAGGUUCAUAUUUUCGCGCAUAACAAUAGCUAGCAUUUUUGCAUAUGUCAAAUGCAUUGUUAGUUACUGUUGUUCACGUGAAAAUGAAACUUGGAGACAAUGCCUUGAAUAAUGAGAGGUUUUCACUUGUAAUAACGAAACUUCCGAUAAAAAAGUAACGAAUUGUAGCCCUUAUUUUACUGCCUUACAAUGUAUCAAUAAUCUUGAAACUAAAAGGUCAUAUAAAAGAAAGGUUAAUCUCAAGAAUCUUAAAUCUUAAAAAAAAUCUAUCGAGCGGUUUAAAAAUUAUUCGCUAAUUUGUUAAAGAAGACCAAAAUAUUUACAAAACCGCUAACAAGAGCGCUUCGAUACAUACUAAUAAAACCCUUCUUUCUAGCAAUCGGCUGGAGCUAUCUACAUGAUCUUUCACACACGUUUUUAAAAAGAUUGAAACUACUAUGAGGUUAAAUUGCAUGUAAAAAGCGCUUCAUUUUCUACAGAUAACGGCCAAACAACAAUAUUGUCCAUUUUUUACUGUGUUUCUAACCAUAUAAACUUCAUCCCAAAAUAUCUCGAUAACGCUCUUACAGAUUUCGCUUAAACUUUACGAACGUCGAGGCCGCUAUUGGAGGAAAACGCUCCCGUGAACGAUUUUGGAAGAACAGUUCUCAGUGCUGAGAUAUACUGCUGCAAGUAAAAUAGGUAAUAGCGUCAUUUCGUUGCUAUGACAACUCCGAUGCCGUUGCAACCCUGAUCAUAACAAAUUUUCAUCUUUAUCUAAUACAAUUGUGGUGGCAAUUUUUCCAAAACUUUGUUUAUGGCGACGUAGUUUAUGCUCAAACUUGGGAGGUAUUGGCCUUGAAAAACUGUAUCGAGCCACCUUAAGCCCUCUCCCGAUCGAGAAAUGAUAAAUCUUCUUACAUUUAAUAAGUUUUAUCAUUCAUUCAAAAUAUUUCCCCGAUUCUGAUUGGCUAAAAGCACACGCAUAAUUCACCGUAACCAGCUACUG